CUACGAGGUCAGGACCUCUCACCCAAAAUUUGCAUAAUCUGUCAAUUUUUUUCACAAAAUCCGGUUAAAGUCGUAAAAACCUAUGUGAGAGGAAUGAAUAAAUCCUAAUUUAGAUUUAGGAAGGCAUCGAAAAUAGCCGAGUGGUGGAAUGCGUUUGUCCUUCAAAGGGGACUCUAGGCAGUGACGUCAUCAGAUGUAGAUUUCCAAGAUGGAGGAAUUGAGCAAUCGUAAACAGAUGGAUUCUGCAGAAGAAAACAUGUCUGCAGAAGAUACCAUCGGGCUGAAUGGGAGACCCAUCCCUGUAGUCCUGGCCAACUCGGACGACCACACCUUUGAGCUUGAUGAGGAGGCUCUUAGGUCAGUACUCCUCAAGGACCACAUCCAGGACAAGAAAGUGGUCGUCGUUUCUGUUGCUGGUGCCUUCCGUAAGGGAAAGUCAUUUCUGCUCAACUUCUUCCUGCGGUACCUGAAAAGCAAGGGAAGGGAUGAGUGGCUGGGACAGGAUGACCAGCAGCUGGAGGGGUUCUCCUGGAGAGGAGGGUCAGAACGACACACCACAGGUAUCCUCAUCUGGAGCGACCCUUUCAUAGUCACACUGCCCAAUGGAGAGGAGGUAGCAAUAGUGUUGCUGGACACACAGGGAGCCUUUGACAGCCAGUCAACAGUGAAGGACUGUGCCACGGUGUUUGCCCUCAGCACCAUGACCAGCUCUGUACAGGUCUACAACCUCACACAGAACAUACAGGAGGACGACCUGCAGCAUCUGCAAUUGUUUACUGAAUAUGGAAGGUUAGCCCUGGAAGACACCAACUCAACACCAUUUCAGGUCUUGGAGUUCCUGGUGCGAGACUGGAGCUAUCCCUAUGAAGCUGACUAUGGAUCUAAAGGAGGGAGGAAUAUUCUCGAAAGAAGACUUGAGAUUGCAGACAAGCAGCACGAGGAACUCCAGAAUGUGAGGAGACACAUCAAGAAGUGUUUUGAGAAGACGGGCUGUUUCCUGAUGCCUCACCCCGGCAUGAAGGUUGCCACCAACCCUGUGUUCGAUGGCAGACUCAAAGACAUUGAGAGUGACUUCAAGGAACAGCUGAAGGUUCUGGUGCCUCAACUGUUGGACCCGACUAACCUGGUGGUCAAGAAGAUCAACGGGGCAGAUGUGACGGCCAGGGAGUUAGUGGAGUACUUCAAGGCCUACGUAACUGUCUUCAAAAGUGACGAGCUCCCACAACCCAAGUCCAUGCUGCAGGCAACAGCAGAAGCUAACAACCUGGCAGCUGUGGCCACGGCUAAGGCCUUAUAUCAAGCAGAGAUGGAAAAGAUCUGUGGAGGAAGCCAGCCCUACCUGAACCCAGAUGACCUGGAGUCCCACCACCAGCGUCUCAAAGAAAACUGUCUGGAAAUUUUCCAUGAAAAGAAGAAGAUGGGAGGAGAGGAGUUCAGUUCUGUGUUUGCCGAGCAACUGGACAAGGAAGUAGAAGAAGCCUUCGAGCACUUCUGUGAGCAAAAUGAUAGCAAGAACAUCUUCCGUGCUGCACAAACCCCGGCCACACUGUUUGCAGUCAUGGUGGUUACAUACGUACUAUCAGGUUUCUUUGCGUUGCUUGGAAUGUACACCCUAGCCAACAUCUUGACGGCCGUGUUGUGGGCGUCUCUGGUCAGCCUGUGCACGUGGUCAUACAUCAGAUACAGCGGACAGUACCGCGAGGUCGGCACUUACAUCGACUUGGGAGCAGAAGUCAUCUGGGAGAAGGUUGUGAGCCAGGCUUACAUGAAGGCGGUGCAGAAGGGUGUGGAACAUAGUAUGGCCAAUAACAAGAAGAAGAAAAACUGAAGAUGAUGAGUAACUGUUAGUGUAGGGCAACAGACACACACUAAUACACGCAGACACACACUAACACACACAAACACACACACACACACACACACACACA